UUGAGAAUGAUGUUCAAGUCGCUGUUUCCUCCAGCUCGGGUGGUGGCGCUGGUGCACUAAAGUUAGUUUUCUUCCAGAAGAAGAAGACAGGUAGUCAAGAUGGACGCGGAGUUGUUGUUGUUUUUGGUCUCCGAGAACAAGGAAUUGUUUGAUAAGAACCACAGCGAGUACAAAAACAUAAAGCGGAAAGAAAUACUCUGGCAAGGAAUUGCGGACAAAAUUGGAGUUGACGUGGAGGAUGUGAAAGCUAAAUGGAAAAAUCUGAGAGACACAUACACGAGGAAGAAGCGAAUGGAACAGGCCGUCAGUCGCGGUGGACGGGGUGCUAAGAAAUCGAAACAGUGGAGAUAUAUGAGGGUGAUGGAUUUCCUCGAUCCGUCUUGUACGGAACACAGAAGCAUUUCGUUGAACUCUGUCCCAAACAAAGUUGAGGAGGAUGACCCAGAAGACGACAGUGAAGCAGAACCAGCCAGCACCAGUACAGGGACGUCCAUUUCCAGUCCAGGAAUUCAACCCUGCGCCAUGAAGCGAAAGCGGACAGGGACACUAGACAUGUUAGAGAGGUAUUUGGCUACUAAGGACGCCAGGGAAAAAGAGAAAGACGAACAGCAGCUUGAUGAAGUUGAUUUAUUUCUUCGUAGUUUAGCACCUGCGCUAAGACGCUUGCCUGCUUCAAAACAGUCUUUGGUGAAACUUCAGAUCCAAAAAAUAAUUCACGACGCAGAGUUUGGGCAACCCGGCUUUCCACAGAUGGCAUCGGUUUCACCAAGUAAUCAGUUGUUACUACAGUGUAGUGUUGUAAAACCCAGUUGAAAUGUUUUAUAUUUAAAAUAAAAAAAUAAUAAUAAUUGA